AUGGUCGUUCCCUCUUCAAAUUCCAUGAGAAGCAAGAAAACAAAUGCCGUGGGAAUCCCGACUGUGGAUCUUUCCAUGGAAAGGUCAGAGUUAUCGGAAUUGGUGAUAAAGGCAUGCGAGCAAUAUGGCUUCUUCAAGGCGGUGAACCACGGCGUGCCGGAGGAGGUCAUUUCCAGAUUGGAAAACGAAGGAAUUGAAUUCUUUUCCAAAUCCACCUCAGAGAAGCGACAGGCUGGUCCGGCCACACCGUUUGGUUAUGGUUGCAGAAACAUAGGCCCCAGUGGAGACAUGGGUGACCUCGAGUAUCUCCUUCUGCAUACAAAUCCUCUCUCCAUCUCCGACAGAUCCAAAACCAUCUCCAACAACCCUACCGACUUCAGGUUACCACUUACUGCAACUACUUUAAUUAUUCUUUCAUCUUUCUCCCAUAUUUAUAUAUACUUCUUCAUUAGUUACAUAUUACACAAACCCAAGAGGAAGAGGGGGAACAAGAGCUUGGACAAGUGGCAAACACGGGGGUUCACUUGGAAUAUACAUAUAUGUAUAAAUAUUUCUGCUUUGGGCAAAACGCCAAGUGAGCACAUAAUCAUGCUGCUCAAGGAACAUACUAGAUUCAUAACCAAAAGUCAGAAAGACAUCAAUAACUGGAGGAUUAUUAUAUUAAAUCGAGAGCUGAUCAGGGACGCUCAGAGCCACUCGGUGCUGAGGAUCAAUCACUACCCUCCAUCCAAGAGCAGCGCCAAGCGGGACCCAUCCAUGGGGUUCGGGGAGCAUUCAGACCCUCAGAUACUGACGAUCCUGCGGUCUACGGAGGUCGGGGGACUCCAGAUCUGCACGCGGGACGGGCUCAUCCAUCUUAUUGACUCAUCCGCAUUUGUCACCGUGAACACAAAAACAGGUUCGGGUACCUGUAUAUGCAGAGUCAAUCCGGCUGCCCCUGCUCCAACGAUUUCUGCGUAGAGACAUGUAUUUAUUAGCAAAUUUUCAAAGGUCAUAUCGAUCAGACAGUGAUCUAAGUCCAUGAAUUUAUUUUCAAAUAUCGAAUAAAACAUCUCAAGAGGUCUCAGACUAUAGGAGACAUCAUUAUCUAAAAAAGAUCAUCAGCCAAUGUCGGCAAUUUUAAUUCAUCACUGACCUCGCCCAUCAAACACCUAAUCAAGGAUAAUAUUUCAAUAGGAAAAAUAUAAACAGAACAACAUGAAAUUUACGGUUUAAAUAAGUGUGAAGCGAGUGGAGGGAUCGAUGAUAUAGAGGGGGAAAGAGACCACUCAGUGGUGGCUAUGGAGUAUAAGGUUCGAUUCUGCCAGCAGUCUUCCUCAAUUUGAAAUAUCAGAAGAGGGAGCUUAUGUAUCCGUUUCGUGGAUUCUCUUUCCCCAAAAUAUGAAAGAAAAAGUCGAUUAAUUUAAAAUCACACAGAAAAAUAACAUCGGGAAAGAAUAUAAAAGAAGAAUAACGAGGAAGGAAGAGAUCACUCAGGUCAGCGGGGUGGUCGACACGCAAAGUAUCAUCUCAAUAUAGAGAGAACCCUGCAUUCCGGUCUGUUGAGCUUGAAUUUUAUGGGGUCAUCACGGUGAUCUCUUCAUAAAGGUUACAAAAACAUACUGAAAGAUGAGAGAAUUGCGUAGUAAAAGGGAAAAGGGAGGUUUGAAACGAAAUCGGAAACCCAGAACCGCCAAAGCUUUUUCUUAGC